AACCGUAAGUUUUAUUAGGGAUCAGUUACCUCAUCCCUCUCCUUCCGAUCAUACACACACGUACGUAAACUUUAUUAACGUGUCAAACUUCUAGCAUGCCACAAGUAGCACACUAGUUCGGGACACUUACCGAGAAUAAAUUAAGUAAAUAAGUUAAAAAUUAUGUUAGCUAAUAAUUAAUAAUAAAAUAUUAUAUGGACAAAUAAUUUAAAAGUAGUAAUAUAUGUGUAGACGUAUACAAAAAAAAUGAACUUAAAUAUUGAACUAUAAUGUAUAUAGUAUAAUGUAAAAGACAUGUAAAGACACGAUCCUGGAUGGAUAUCUGAUAUUGGGUUUCCUGUGGCUUGACCACAUCACAUGAGGCACGUGAUCGGUCAUGUUGUGUCACUCUUGUCGUUACUCUUGUUGUUGCUAGUUCGCUUUUUUUUUUUUUUUUGAGCCAUAUUAAAGACAAAUACAACCCCAGAAUGGCGAAAGAGCUUGACUUACACGUCCAUGUGUGUAUGUAUUCUCCAAAUGACAAAAAUACCGUGGAAAAAAGCCUCUUAUUGAAGGAAAAUACGAGUUGCAAGUGGUCGAUUAUAGUACUGCAGCUUGAACAACGGCUCUCUCUCACAAGUGGUUCACAAUGGGCCUUUCAAUACUUUGAUGAUGAAGGAGACGUAAUUUUUGGAAAGACAGAGGAAGAGUGGAAAGAAGCUAUCAAUGUUAGUUGUGAGGUACAUGGUGGUCGUAACACUCUACAUAUAAGUGCCUUUCCUAUGAAGUCAUGCAGUGAAAAGAAAGACGUGGAGGGAAAUAAUAAAGCUGGCUGUUGUACAAAGACCUGUGCAGCAGACUUCUGCCGACCAAUACCUCCACUCCCCCCUCAGUAUGAUAGCAUUCCAAACAAAGUAACAAAUUUGAGGCAGAGUGAAUACAAGUAUGGAAAUGAGGCUCUUAGGGCAGUAGAGCUUCCACUUGGUGCACUAGGUGGAGGGUGUAUUGCCCUAGCAGGUGAUGGAGGACUGCGGCAGUGGCAGGUCUGUAAUGCUGUCAAUCAUGUUGGUAUUGCACCAGACUCUUUCUUUGCCAUCAGGGUUGACCAGGGGGGUGCAAGCAAAGCUGUGGCCCUCCAAUCAAACACUUGGUAUGACCAAACAGGUUUUGUACCAUCGGCUUACAUCACUGAUCAUGUGGUCCCUGAGGCUUCCAAGAAGCUGUUGAGUGAAAUACCAGGAAUAAAAACCUUGGAGAUUACAGCCAAAUAUCCUAUAGCUGAAGUUGAUUAUCUCAGCUCAGAGGUGCCUAUCAAAGUUCACCUUGAGGCUUUCAGUCCUACUAUUCCCUUGGACUCGAAAAACAGUGCCAUUCCUGUCAUCGUAUUCAACUUCACUGUUACCAACGAAGGGUCACAAGAUGCUAAGGUAUCUCUUUUGGGUUCUUUACAAAAUAUUGCUGGGUGGGAUGGAGUGUCGGACAUCACUGAUGAAGUGUCCAAUGCUGGUUAUGGGGGGAACGUGAACACUUUGUUUCAAACCAGUUCAAUGUAUGGCAUUGACAUGUGCAACCCUACAUUACCAGAGAAGACAAGUCCUAAUGGUCACGUGGCUAUAGUCGUUAUGACCAAAGAUGGAGACAAACUCAGUACUGACUUACAGUACACAGCAGUAGUAGAUAUGUGGAAACAGUUUGUUGGUGAUGGCCUCUCUGGACAAACACAAGCCGGGCCCUCUCCAGCUGGCAAGACUUGGAAUGGCGCCACUUCUUGCACAAGAACUGUCCCAGCUAAAAAUACUGAGGUGUUCACCUUUUUCUUGUCCUGGUUCUUUCCUCAUAGAUACGUCGACUGGCCCCAGCCAGGGGGAAUCAACGACCCAAACAGCGCUUUCUAUAUUGGUAAUCAGUACAGUAAAUUCUGGAAAGAUAUUAAAGAGGUGCUGAUAUACACUAAAGAAAAUUUUGAUUAUCUGACGUCAAAAACAAGAGAUUUCAGAGACUCCAUGUUUGAUGCUACGUUACCAUGGCAACUAAUUGACAGCGCUGCUGGUCGUGUGUCCGUACUCAAGUCUCCAACGUGUAUGUGGCAUGCUGAUGGCAACUUCUACGCAUUUGAGGGUUGUAAUACCAAAUCAGGAUGUUGUCCCCUGAACUGUACUCAUGUGUGGAACUAUGAAAUGGCUCUAGCAAAGUGUUACCCGGAUGUUGAACGAACAAUGAGAAAAGUUGAUUUUGCUGAGCAGAUGACACCUCAUGACGUCAUUCCAAGCCGUACAGUGGUGCCUCUUCUCCUUCGUCGUAUAUGGACCUUGUGGAACAACUACUCGAUCAAUCCUGAUUCCACGUCCAUCUGUGUUGACGGAGAGAUUGGCACAGUACUCAAGACUUACCGAGAGGUCAAGCAAGGCGCACCACGUGAAUGGUUUGAUACAUACUGGCCGUACGUUAAACGUGUGAUGAAAAGAUGGAUGACUGAACUAGACAACGGCCAAGGUCUGAUUACUGGUCCUCAACCCAACACGUAUGACUGCGCCAUAUAUGGAGUGAACGUGUACAUUGGUGGAUAUUACCUGACUGCCCUGAGAGCUGCCGAAGAGAUGGCAAAACUUCAAGGUGAAAUGGAUCUUGCUACCUCUUAUCAUGAUAGAUUUGAGCUGGGCAGUGCAGAACUCGACAAAAAAUGCUUUAAUGGGAAAUGGUACAUCCAGAUUGUUGACACAGAACAUCCUGUCAAUGAAGUUGCCGACAGUACUUGGGUCGACUGUCUUGUUGGUCAGUGGUGGGCGCAUGCGCUUGGACUAGGUUAUAUUCUAAAAAAGGAGAACAUUAAAAGCACGCUGAUGAACGUGUUUGAAAGAAACCACGUGGACAGCUUUGAUCCAGCCACUCAAAAACCAAGGGCUUUCUUAGAUCAGAGAGACGCGGGAAUGCAGAUUUGUGUUUACCCUGGAUCUCUGCCCACCAGUCCACUGCUCUACCAUUCUGAGGCUGCAUGGUCAGGCUUGGAGUAUGAAUUUGCUGAGCUUUGUCUCUACGAAGGGUUACCAGACAUUGCCCUAAAAGUCUUGACAGACACGAGGAAUAAAUAUGACGGUACUCGUCGCAGUCCAUGGAAUGAGAUCGAGUGCGGUGAUCACUAUUCUCGCCCCAUGGCUUCGUUCUUGUUAUUUGAGAUUGUCUCAGGACAGGAAUGGAGUUUCAACAAAGAAGACCCAUCUUUUGUGAAUUUGCGUUUUGCUCCUCGUAUUUGCCGGACUGAUUUCCGUGGAUUCUUUAUUCUUGGGUCUUGUUGGGGACAGUAUGUACAAAAAGGUGACGAACUACUGAAGAAAGGCACUGUAGAGAUUUCAGUGCGUCAUGGUGAACUUAAACUGUCUGAGCUUCAUGUUCGUUCACGCGCUACCAAAGCUGUGGCUUCUCUUACCGGCACUACUGAUUCACAGCCACUCAACGUGCAAGUAUCUCAGAAUGAUCAGUGGCUGAGUAUGAAAAUUCCCCAGGACUCGCCCUUCAGAAAAAUCAAGACAGGAAACUCGCUUGUCAUUGAAUUAUCAGAUUAAUUUUUCUCAAGCUUUAAAUCAUGCGAGGGAAUCAUGAAGUAGCAUACACUUGUCUUUAUUUUUGGAAGACGUGGUUAACGGAAACUUCAAGAACAAAACGGGUUGGUAUUUAGAAUGCAAUAAAAGGUUUAAAUAUAAGGUGUUUAUUGUAUGUCUGAAACGUAGAUAAAAAAGUAACAUUUGGAGAGUAAUUUUUUUUCUACGCGAACAUCAAUAAUUCACAAUUGAAUCUUGUAAUCAGGGAGGUAAAAACUGGUGUCUGAGAAGGACGUCAAGUCAGAUUUAGGGUUUGAUCUUAAGAAAUAAGUUUUCAUUCGCCUUUAAAUUCAAAAUGCUUUAUUUGAUAAAAAAUAAUAAAAUGAUACUAAAAAUU